UUAGCACGUUGCGAACGUGUUUGGCCUUCUGCGAGAUGAUGGACGCUGAUCCCACCGAGCAACUUGAUCGCUGGCCCCAGGUCGAUCGGGGUGGCAUCGAAGAGAUCAAACAAUGGCUCACGACACAACCCCACUUACCGGCGAUAAAAGAGCACGAGAUGGCAACGUUCCUGCACGCCAACUAUAACAAUCAAGAGGCUACCCGAAAGACAAUCGAAAACUACUACACCAUGAGGACCAGCUACACCGAGUUUUUUACCGACCGCGACAUUUUCAGCGAUCCGCUGCAAACGGCGCUAAAGAUCGUAAUGUUUACUACACUACCUGGCGAAACUAAAGAGGGCUAUAAAAUGGCAUACACCCGUCUGCUCACGUCGGAUGCAACGGAUAUGAACCACCUACACGUUCUAAAAGUAUUAACAAUGUGUAUGGAUUUAUGGAUAAAACUCGAAGGACAUGCCAAUGGGCAUGUCCUGCUGUCGGACAUGCAAGGAAUGCACCUUGGACACAUGAGAAAGAUCAACAUGGACGCGGCCAAAAAGCAAAUGGCCUACUCCCAGGAAGCCCUGCCCGUGCGCUUGAAACAAAUCCAUUAUCUCAACGUGGUACCAUUUAUGAAUCGAUUGAUGAUGCUUGUGCGACCAUUGUUGCGAAAGGAGGUACAGGAAAUGAUAAAUAUGCACGUCAACAUAGACGAUUCCCUGUACAAUUCGAUACCGAUCGAAAGCCUUCCUAAUGAGUACGGUGGAAAAGCCGGCACUUUUGAGCAACUGGAAAAAUCUUUCAAGGACACACUUUACGCUCACAGUGACUGGUUUCGAGAGAUGGAGAGCAAAAAUUUAGUGGACGAAUCCAAACGUCCGCCAAAGCCGAGGCGUUACAUGUUCGGUCUAUUCGGAUAAGUAUUAUAUAGUAG